AUGGAAAAUAAUAUUCUUCCAAUGGUGCAAGCUUGGAGUAUUGGAAAGAAAUUCCAAACUAAGCCAAAAUCAGUAAGUCCUGGGCCAGGGCAAUAUACAAGUAGGAACACUACAGUAACUAAAAUGAAAUCCCCUCAAUGGACUAUUGGAACUUCGAAAAGAAGCAAUUUAAAUAAUCACAAAACAUUCAGUCCUGGUCCAGGGAACUAUAAAACAAUAAAAGAUAUUAAUGAUGCUCCAAAAUAUCACUUUGGUGGUAAAUCAGUAACUGAUCUGGAUAAAUUCAAAAAGAGUGUCCCUGGCCCUGGCCAAUACAAUCCUGCAUCUAAUUCCUUUAGCAAGACUGCCUUUAGUUUUUCUGGAAGGCAUAAUAUUCAGAGUAAAGGAGUCAUAAAUAAUCCUGGCCCAGGAACUUAUCAAAAUAAAAGCACACUUACAAAGACUUUAGGAAAAUUCGGUACUUCACAGAAGGGAGUUCCUCUUGCUUCAAAAUUAGUAAUGAGUAAUCCUGGUCCUGGUCAGUAUGCUGCUUCAUCACCUGAUGUCAAUAAGAAAUCUGCUCCGAGGUAUGGAUUCGGAUCAUCAAGAAGAGGAAAUAACUCAACUACUCAGCUGGCUAAGAUUGUACCUGGUCCAGGCCAAUAUUCAAACAUUAAAAAUUUAGGACAUCAGGCUCCUAAAUUCUCAUUGACUGCAAGAAGACCAGAUACAACUCCUGCAGUUGGAAGACACUCUCCUGGACCUGGAAAUUAUAAUCCUUCUGACACUUUUUCUAGAAACAAAUCUCCUCAUUGCAAAUUUGGAAGUUCUGAAAGGAAGGAUGCGAGAAGAGAUGAAAGUCCAGGGCCAGAUUCAUACUCUGCAACAGUGCUUGAUUCAAGGAAGAAAAGUAGCCCAAGCUUUGGCUUUGGAAGUUCUAAAAGGCCUGCCCUUUCUCAGUCAGGAUUUACCCCGGGCCCAGGGAAUUAUUCUCAUACAUCAAAAAUUUUAGAAAAGAGUGCUUAUUACAUGGGCUCAAAGCUGAAAGAAAGAGCUAAGGAAAAUACACCAGGGCCAGGGAACUACAACCCAGAUCAUAAGUUAAGCAAGGAGUCUACCCCAUUUUGUAAAAUUGGUUCUUCUCAAAGAAGCACAGGAAACAAGGGUCAAGAAUUAGUGCCUGGGCCUGGAACUUAUAGAUACUACAAUCCCUCUUUAGACAAAGGGCCUCAUGUUAAAAUUGGAAGUGAAAGGAGAGGCCAGAAAAUUACUUCAGACACUCCUGGACCUGGUGCUUACAAGAUUCCUGUAAAGAUAAUUGAUGUGCCUCGCUAUCUGAUUCCAAACCCUGAAGAGAAGUACAAAUUUGUCUAGAAUAAUUCAAAUAAA